AUGCCAAAACACCUGCCGACUUUCAAGCACCUCCUUCACUCAUCUCAGCAAACCCAGAAGACAGACACCAAAUCAGAAAAAUCCGUCAACGACUUACUCUCUUCAUCUCGGAACUCGAGACCUAGGGAUGUACCACCCCAUCUCAAUGGGACCAGUACUAGUGAAAGAGUAUGGGCACCAUCUCCUAUCGCUUCUACUAGUAGGUCGAGUGGGAUAGGGGGUUUGGUGGAGGUUGAGAAUGGUGGGGUACAUCCCGCCGAGAUCCUCCGCCGUAACAAUAUAGCUCAUCGUCAAGCAUCUCGAUCAGUAGCUGGUCCAGCUCCACCACCUUCCUGGCGACCAUCUCAAUCCUCAUCAUCUACUACAGAUAUAGCUCCGAGUCACGCCCAUGCUACAAAGUCUUCUCAACCAAUCACUACUUGGCAGCUCAAAUCAUCUACAUCACUGCUGCGCAAUAGUCCUACGACGCAGUCGAAUACUUUGGUGGAACACUGCCUCAGAACCGUAUUAAGGUAUCUAGAAGACGAUCAGCCGAUCCUUUACUCCCCGGAGGAAGGCAAUCCGGAUGAACCGGAAGAAUCAUAUACUCUGGGACGAAUACUUCGCGAACAAACACCAUAUCUCUCCCUACACCUAAAAUCAUCAUUGCUCCACACAGCUUCUCUCUUACCUUCCACCAGUCAACAUAGGUUAUCAGAUAAGUCUAUCUUAGCUAUAUCAUCUGAUCCUCCGCCAGAUCCACCGAGCCUAACGUUCGGUGACGGAAUACUAGAAUCUGAUAAACAAAAUCAAAAUGAUGGAAAUGACUGGGAUUCUCCCUCAAUAUCUGAACCUACCAUGGCCCACCUCUCACUAACUCUCCAUGCGUCGCCCCAAUCCAUUCUCCCGCGAAUACCCAAUCUCAGCUCGAUCACAUCCCUAAAUUUGGGAUAUAGCACAUUACCAUCAGAUCUAGACAGGCUUGUAUCCGUCUUACCUACAGGAUUGAGGGAAUUAUCCCUAGUGGGAAUCAGGCUCGGAGGAAAAGGGUUCAGCGAAGAUGGACUAAGAAGGGGGUUUGGUACGCUAGGCAGGAAAUUGAUAGUUUUGAAGAUUUUGGACCUGUCGUUCCCUCGAAUCGAGCUCACACCUAAGAUCUUGGAAGGGCUGUUGAUACCCGGGAAGACCAAAUUACCUUCAUUAAGAGUGUUAGGAUUAAGAGGGCUGAAGGAAUAUGGAGGUAGCUUGGAUGAAUCAGUCGUUGAUGGUAUAACGGAAUGCGGCAAUGGAGGAACAGAUUACGGUGAAGGUGUGGGUAAAAUGAAGAAAGAAGUGGUAAGUCUGUUCAGGAAUAGUGGAAGGAGUAAAUACGUCGAAUUGAUCUGGUGA